UUCUUGUAUGAACCUAUGUAUGAGAAAGAAAUGUUUAAUUAAUUAUACUUAUUGCCUCUAAAAGUCAGUUGAUUAAACAGAAUCUUAAUUGACUGUAAAUUAUAAGAACUCUCAUGAUGGUUUUCCAGGGCAUUCGAGAGAGUUCCUUCUUGUCCCAUCUAUUUUAGAUUGCUUCUUAAUCCUAUUAGCAGACACUCAACUGCAGUGCUUACUAAGAGGUUUACAAGGGUCCCCUGUCAGAUUGUCUCUUGCUUGGUUCUUUUCAAACACCCUGACCUCCAUUAUAAACCUAGCUACCCUAUUCUUUUGUGCUGAAAUUUUAUUGCAGAUGUCAUUCAGAUCUUGAACAGAAAAGCCUCUGUUAUAAUCCUGACCUUGAAGAGUCACUUAUAUGGACUAUUUUUGAAAAGACCAGCUCUGAAAAUGGCAGUGAAUCAAAUGGACGAUGUAAUUCAAAGAUGGAGAACAACUGAAGACUUUAAACCAGAGGACCAUGAGCUCUUUCUGAAUACUGGUCGCACCUGCAUUGCCCAAGGUGACAGCAGUAAACUACUGGACUUCAUAAAAGAGGAGGCCAAUCAGCACAUAGUGAGGUCCAUGGGCAGUGGCCUACUACCUGCACUGGUGAAUGAAGCGCUGAGAAAGGACAGGAGUCCUGCUUACUGUCAGAUUAUCCUCAAUGAACUUGUACAGAUCUGCAGUGUGCAAGAACUCCUCGAUAUUUUACUUGAGCAAGUGGAGGAGACUGAUCCAAAUGCCAUUGCAGACACCGUCAUUGUUCUCAUGCCUCUUAUUCAGUCAGUGUUGUUGAGAAUGAGGGAGUCGAAAGCCCCUGGAUUGGCUUUGGCGCUUGAUUCUCUGCAGAAACAAAUUUCAAGGCUGCCUGUACCUUACUCACACAAACAGGAACAGGAAGAUGUGUAUGGGCUCUGCCGAUGCUGCACUGCAGUACUGACCUUUGUACAACCCUUUGUACAGGAAGCCAAGAAUCAAGACACAAACUCAGUGGCCACCAAACUAAGAGCUACUCUUCUAACGUUUUGCAUGAAUAGUCUAAGGGAACCUCUCCUUCAAGUUCAGCUGGACAGAAAGGCAAACACGACAGAAAUUUCACCCCUGAGGAAUUUUGCCACAGAAAUAAUGGCAAUCUUAGCAGUGAUCCAAGAGUCUCUGCCAAAAAUACUGUUCUACCAGCCUUUGAGGGGAAAAGAAGACACUAUACUGGUGAAAGAUGCUUGUCAUCCAAAUGAAUCAAGAGCUUGCAUGGCUUACUUGCUGUUUGUCCAGCUUAUUGCCAUAGAAGUGUUUCCUGCAGUUUUUAGCCCUGUUUUCGUCCUGCAGUGCAAUAUGGAAUACAUCAAUCUUCUGUUGAGUAGAAAGGAUGAAUCAUGGAUUUUGAAAGGACUGGACUUGUAUGUUAAAUGUUUGGAAAGAGUAACAGACUGCAGUCUCCCAGUGGAGCUCUUAGAGCUUAAACCAUUUCAUGAGGUUCCACAGAACUUAAUUAAAAUUAUGAUUGACUGUCCUAUCCAGCAUUUGGUGAGUAUAGAUGAGACACAAAUUGCAUGUAAAUCUGAUCUAUGUGAAAUAAAGGCAGUUUUAUGUUUGCGGUCAUUUGUCCUAUCUUUCAUUAAGAGGGGAAGAAGUCUCGUGGUGUUCCAGCUCUUUAUCGAGAAGCUUAAUGGUGAAGCGAAGCACAAAUUUUUCAGACGUAUCAUGAAGACUAGCCAUCAUGCAGGGUUAGAGAGUAUCAUCAUCAAAAACAUAAAGAAUCAAGUGGAACUGUGCAGAAAGUCAGCCUACCAGGAUGGCUGGUUUGAGGGGACAUGGCUCAUCUCACUGCUCAGAGACACUAUCACUCUCCCACAGGGCCAUGAAACUGACUUGCUACAUGGGAUGGACAGGAUCAUGGAGUCUCUGAAUCUUCUGCGGUAUUUAUUGAUAAAGGAAAGAGAAAUUUCCACUGGAAUAUGGAUAGACCUGUGCCACAUUGCAGAAAGUUACACAAAAUUAUUGCGAGUAUGCCUAAGCAUGUCAAAAUCAUACUAUGGAAAAGAGCUAAAAACACUUAGAGAGGACAAAAAGACCAAGGCUAAAGAAUUUAAGGAGGCCUCUGGGAAGAGAUCAGUUCAGAGCUUGAUUGUGAAAACAGAAACACUAGGCAGCAUGCCACUUGAGGCACAAGAUAAGGUCUUGCAGUGCGCCCUGAUCACAUAUGACUUAAUGGAAAGCCUUGUGGUUCGCAUUGAGGACAUCAUUGAGGAGGGUCAAAAAUGAACAAGUGGGCACAAUUACUGUGGUCUGAA